AAACAGAAAUUACGCCUUUGUAGUUUGGAGCCUAUUAUUUAAUUGAAAUACAAAGAAAUCAUAUACAUGCAACAUACAUGCAAUAUUUUGUGCGUGCGUGCGUGCGUGCGUACUUGCAUGCGUUUGUGUGAAAUUUAAGCUUUUUAACACCGCACUAUUAUAAAACAACAUUUCUCCGUUUUAAUAUGCGUUUUUACCUGACAUUACUUGGACAAGCAAAACGAUUAUGGUAUAUUUGCUAAAUUUCAAAAUACUUCUGAGCUGCGCCAUGAGAAAACCAACAUAGUGCGUUUGCGACCAGCAUGGAUACAUGUUGUUCGCUAACAGUUUCUCUAAUUGCAAUAGGCUUUGAAAGCGAACAGCAUGGAUCCUGAUCAGACUGCGCAUGCUGGUCUGGAUCCAUGCUGGUCGCAAACGCACAAUGAUGGUUUUCUCAUGGCGCGGCUCAUCUAAUGUGUGUAGAAUGACCUUAAAUGUUUUGGUUUUACAUGUCAUCUGUGUUAGUAUUUUACGGUAUAUAAAUAGACAUGAAUACAUACUAUACAAAAUAACGCAAAUAACAAAAUUUGUUUUGAUUUUUAAUAUGGAAAAUAGCUUAAAACAAACAAUUUCAGUUUGAAAACCGAAGGAAAAGCAAGCGGAAUUUUAAAACAAAAUAAUGUCAUCCAUCAUGCCGACUCCGAAGCGGCUACGUGACCUGAUUCGUGAAAUCAGGUCAGCGCGGACUCAGGCAGACGAAAGGGGUGUGGUACAGAAGGAAUGUGCUCAGAUAAGAGAUUCGUUCAGAGAAACAGACAACACUUACAGAUGUAGAAAUGUUGCCAAGCUGCUUUACAUUCAUAUGCUGGGAUACCCUGCACAUUUUGGACAGCUGGAAUGUUUGAAGUUGAUAGCAUCACCAAAAUUCACAGACAAGAGAAUAGGUUAUCUUGGAGCAAUGUUGUUAUUGGAUGAAAGACAGGACAUCCAUCUUCUUGUGACCAACUCCCUGAAAAAUGACUUGGGUCAUCAGACACAGUAUAUUGUAAGUCUUGCCCUGUGUACACUUGGUUCGAUAUGCUCAGCUGAAAUGAGUCGGGAUCUGGCUGGGGAAGUGGAGAAAAUGAUCAAAUCGUCUAAUGCUUACAUCAAGAAGAAGGCAAUAUUGUGUGCAUACAGAAUAAUCACAAAGGUACCAGACUUGAUGGAGAUGUAUAUUCCAUCUACACGGGCAUUACUGAAUGAGAAAAAUCACGGUGUACUAUUGACUGCAGUAUGUUUGAUCACAGAAAUGUGUGAGAAAAGUCCCGAUACCCUGACACACUUUAGAAAGACUGUGCCACAGUUGGUUCGUAUCUUGAAGAAUCUGAUCAUGGCUGGGUAUUCUCCAGAACAUGAUGUUUCCGGUGUCAGUGAUCCUUUCUUACAGGUGAAGAUUUUGAGGCUGUUGAGAAUUCUGGGUAAAAACGAUGCUGAAGCAAGUGAAACUAUGAAUGACAUUUUAGCGCAGGUCGCUACAAAUACAGAUACCAGUAAAAAUGUGGGUCAUGCAAUUCUGUAUGAAAUUGUUCUCACUAUUAUGGGUAUCAAGUCAGAAUCGGGAUUGCGGGUAUUAGCUGUGAAUAUAUUAGGAAGAUUUCUACUGAAUAAUGAUAAAAAUAUUAGGUAUGUUGCUUUAAACACAUUGUUACGGGUGGUGAGUGCUGACUACAAUGCGGUGCAGCGUCACAGAACAACAAUAGUAGACUGUUUAAAAGAUACAGACAUCUCAAUUAGAAAACGUGCAAUGGAACUAUCAUUUGCUCUGGUCAACAACAACAACAUCAGAGGUAUGAUGAAAGAGUUGUUGUCAUUCCUGGAAAACUGCGACCCCGAGUUCAAGUCUGAUGUCUGCUCCAAUAUUGUCACUGCAACAGAAAAACAUUCCCCAAAUAAAAGAUGGCAUGUUGAUACAGUUAUGAAAGUGUUGAAAAUUGCUGGUAAUUAUGUUCACAAUGACAUUGUGUCGAUAGUGAUACAGCUGAUAGCUAGCGCAAACCAGUUACACUCGUACACUGUUCGUCAACUGUUCUUCCUGAUGAAGGAGGACAACUCUCAGCAACCUCUGUGUCAGGUCGCAUCAUGGUGUGUUGGUGAAUAUGGGGAGCAGUUGUUACUUCCUCCAUCAGAAGAGGAUGACUUAGGGCCUGUAAAAGAAGAGGAUGUAGUGAAAGUCUUACAGAAAGGUUUAGAGAACAACAAUUCCACUUCAGUCACAAAGGAAUACUGUAUUACUGCAUUGAUGAAACUUAGUACACGGUUCUCAGUCACAAGGGAUUCAAUACUGGAUAUAACAUCUCGGUAUAGCAGCAGUACUCAGGUAGAGUUGCAACAGAGAGCUGUGGAAUACACAUCUAUAUUUAGAAAAUAUGACCAUAUGAGAUCUGCUUUGUUAGAACAAAUGCCUUUAAUGGAAAUUAACAGAACGAAAGAUGCAAUUGAUGGUGAAGAAUCUGGGGAAUCUUUGCUGAACACAGCAACUGUAGAAAGGAAUAACAUAGAAAAUAUCAAAGCACCAACUUCUACUCAAACUGAGAGCCAGAAUAUACUAGAUUUGUUAGAUGUUGGUUCAAGUCCCGUUAUACCUACCCAGCCUCCUGUACAGCCAAUGAAACAAGAACCAGUAGAUUUACUCUCACUACUAGAUGAUGUAGCUACAAUAUCUUCUGCUCCAGGAAUAACAAAUGCUGCACCAGGGGUAGAUAACCUGAUGGGUGAUAUGCUUGGCUCCCCUGUAUCCAACAAUCUGAUGAAUGGCAACUCAAAUGUUUCAGCUCCUAUUGUAGCAUAUAACAAAAAUGGGUUAUUGAUAGAGUUCCGGUGUGAGAGGGAAAAUGAUUCCCCCACAGUUAGCAUUAUCAACGUGAAAGCAUCUAACACGUCACCUACACAGAUGUCUGACUUUGUGUUUCAAGCUGCAGUUCCAAAGUCAUUCCAGCUUCAGUUACAGUCUCCGUCUGGUAAUAUUUUACCCCCUCUCAAUAGCGGAACUGUAACACAAGUCAUCAAAAUAAAUAAUCCACAGAAGCAAUCUAUAAGGAUGCGUCUAAAACUAUCUUACACACAGAAUGGUAACUCAGUGACUGAAAUGGGUGAAGUGAACAAUUUCCCUUCAGAACUUUGGCAAUAGCGGUGAUCAUAUUUUAAGUUAUAUAAGAAAAUAAAAUGUGUUAUUCUUGAAUUUAAUGGAAUUUAUGAAUACUUGUUGUGAAGCUGUGUGCAGCUUUUAUCCAGCUCAUGACUUGUGCAAAGGAGAACAACUGACUACACAUGGACUUGUUGCUUGUUGAAGAUUCUGAUGGACUGGUUUGCCUGUUUUCAGCAUCUCCACUUUCCUGUACAGGAGACAACAGACUGGUUUUCCUGUUAAUAUUUUUGAUGGACUGGUACACCUGUUUUCAACUUGGAAGAGAGUCCUGACCAGGGCAUAAUGAACUGCUUUUAUGGCUCUUGAUGGACUGAUAUGCCCAGUUUCCUGUGUAGGAUUUCCUGUUCAGGUGAAAGUUAACUGUUUAGCCAGUUAAACUGGUAAGAGACUGGUGUACUACGGAUGACUUGUCAUGUAGUUACUGUGAUAAAAAGCGAACUUGAAGGCGACUUACUUACUGUUCUUGUAACAGUACUUGUUUUUCCAAAGACUUGAGAAAGGGUGACAUGUUAUGGUAGUUUUGAUGAAAGAUUUUAACUGUUUAUGUGCUUUAAAUGGGAAAUAGAAUACUGAAAUGCUUGAUAUGCUAUUCUAGUGAAUAUAGUGUAUAAAACAGCUUGUUUUCUUUAAAAUAUCCUGAUUGAAAAACUAUUGUUAACAGUGUUUUUGUACAUCCUUCUCAUAAGACAUUGCUUCAGUGACCGGACUCAAAUACAUCAUGUAUGUACAUUACCAGAAUACUUCAUUAUGUUUUGCUUGUCAUUAAUUCAUUAUGACACUAGUAUUAUGUAUGUUUCUUUGGAUUAUGUAAAACUGUAAAGACCUUGGAUCAUAUGUCAUCAAGAAGUUCUUGUUCCUUCAAAAGAUUAAAUAUUUUAGAGCUGCCAUUGUUUUGGAGUGGGAAGGGGAACAAAUGACCUUAUACUUUUUUACAAUAGCAAGUAGGAAGUUUUUGCUGUUUUUGCAGUUCCUACUUCUCAAUGGUUCUGAACUGCUGAAGAUUGGGUAAUGUAGAUUAUAUAGAUUAUGUUGAAUAAGAGAUGUUAAGAGUCAAAAUAUUUUAUAAGGUAAAAACAAAAUAUGUUCAUUGCAGAAUAUUGGAUUAUACAUUGUAUUAUGAUGGUUGAAAAACUAGUUUCCAAAUGCUAGACAAAGUAGAAGUUGUAAUACUAGAGACAAAUACUAUGGUGAUAGGCUUAUUUUGUAAUAACAAUCUAAAAAUGUUUAUAACUUUCUGUCGCUAUAUCAAUGGUAUUAUGUAUAAUUCACUUAAUGUUGAAUUGGUUCGCUCAUUGUCUAACAUUUGUAUUGUUUAUGUCAAUAAAUAAAUAGUGUAAGCAUAAUGUGGGCAAUGUGACAUUCAUGCUGUUUUGCUGAUCUGUCAUGCUCAAAUUGGUUUAUGUAAGAACAAGUUAGUCAUGAAAAAUUUGUGUUAAAUAUGGAUUAAAUUGCUUAAUUAAUAACUAUGAUUUAAUGGUUAUGAUCUGAAGGGCAUAGACAGUUUUCUAAUUUAACAAACUGCAUAUGAAGGAGGAAAAACCUUUUAAGUGUUUUUGUGACCAAAAGAUAAACUAGUUUUGAAUCUGAAGUCUUUGAUUGGCGUUGUAGAGUUGUUAAAACAAGUAGCAAGUGUCAAAAGCAUUUCUUAUAUACCCAGUAAUAUUUGAUUACAUAUUUUUUUAGUGAAAUGUUGAAUGUAACAAAAGAAUUUCAUAAAGAAAAGUAUCCCACUAAUACAUAACUACAAAAGGAUGAAAUUGCCUGGAAGCAAUGGAAAAGACAAGUGAAAAAAAAAAGUUUUCAAUAUAGAUUCAAAUAUCUUGGUCUUGCACUGAAACAGAUAUCCUUGGUACAUUAUUACCCAGUAUUUACUUGACUUGUAACUUACUCAGCUGCUAUGAAGCUUUCAGAGAAAUUCUCUUUGCCUAAAGUUAAGAGUUAGUAUAGGAUUGUGUAAUAAGGUGAACAUUUAAAUAGUCAUUGCUGUAAGAAGGUUUGUUGUCACAAAAAUAGAUUUAGAUUAAUGUUUUAAAGUGGCAAAAUUUGUUUUCAAUAUCAGCUGUAAAAUAUUAACUGAAACUUCAAACAAUGUGUAACCAGUAAUAUUUCUGUAUGCUGCCAUAUUGUUCCAUGCCCACAUUUUUACUAUUCUGUUAAAAUUGUUGUUAAUCUGCUAAAAUAUUUGUGCUAUUGAUUCUGACAAGUGUGCCUGUAUAAAAAAAAAAUGAGCCACACCAUGAGAAAACCAACAUAGUGGCUUUGCGACCAGCAUGGAUCCAGACCAGCCUGCGCAUCCACGCAGUCUGGUCAGGAUCCAUGCUGUUCGCUUUCAAAGCCUAUUGCCAUUAGAGAAACUGUUAGCAAACAGCAUGGAUCCUGACCAGACUGCGCGGAUGUGCAGGCUGGUCUAGAUCCAUGCUGGUCGCAAAGCCGCUAUGUUGGUUUUCUCAUGGUGCGGCUCAAAUAUUAUUCCCUAUCAUUAACUCUCACAUUGAAAAUGUGGUAAGAGUCAGUGUGUGUUUGUGAACUGUUUUGUUCAAGAUUUUUUUUUGUUUUAUUUCAGACAAAGCCAUUCCAUUAUGUUAAGAUAAUUUGUUUGAAGUAGUUUUGUUAAAAGAUGCAGUGAAUGAAAUUUACCAUUGUUAGAUGUCAAAAGAAAAUAUGUGAAAGUGCACAUAAAUCGAAGAGCUGAUAGACUUCUUUUGCUUUCAUCCUUGAAAAUUUGAUGGUUGAGCUUGGUAUUCAAAUAUAUAAGUUCACACAAUGUGAACGGAUAGGCAAACAGAAAAGUUACUAGAUGUAAUCUUCAAGAUUUAGUGUAAUAUUUUAAAACGUUACAUGUAAAAAAACAUAGAGUUAAACUAAGUAAAAACGUAUAGAAAAAAUGUUAUUGCACCAGUGGGAUUGUAUACAUGAAUUUGAAACUAUGAUAAUGCAGUUAUACAUUAUCAACAUGAGAAGUAAACAAUCCUGUUCAGGUUACUUUUCAAGCUGAUGAUGUUUGAAUUCAAAAGAUAAAGACAUUUCCUUAUUUUAGUCUAAGAUGCAUCUCCUGAUAUUUAUUCAUGUUUACAAUAUACUUCAGGCCCAUAUGUAGGUGCCCUCUUUUUCUUCUCGGUUGAACAUUUCCUACACAGAGUUAAAUUUUUUAGUUCAUUCCUCAUAAAACAACCAUUAAGUCAGAUUUGCAAUUCAGGCUUUAUUAAGAGAUUGUGACUGGUAAUGAAAUUGCAUCUCACUUUAGAUUUUUUAUUCUUACAUCCCUAUACAUCUCCUACUGGCCAGAUUUAAGGUUUCUUUCAGUUGAAUUAGCUUUGACUGAUUUGAUAAUAUUUGGAUGAAUUACCAUUGUGUCAUAUGGAAAAAGUGGGUAGGGGGUGCGCAUUUCCAGAGGUAAUGGGUUCUAGCUUGACACGGAGGUUAAUACUGGACAGUGGUAAUGUUUUUUUCAGAGACAGUCACAAGAUGGUUAAGCUUCUCAUUUGACCUAUUAAAAGUAAAUUAGCUGAAACUAACAUAAUAAAUGACAAAUACUCAAUAAAUGUGCAGCGAAAUAUUAUUUUUUGAUGUUUAUUAAAGUUCUAAUACCUCUUUAUUUAGAAUACAAGUUUUUUUAACUUCACUUUAUACUUUGUAGGUUAUGGUGAGAAACAGUUAAAUUUUUACAAGUAUUUACAUAGAGCUCAAACAAGUGAGUUUAAUAAGCAUACAAUAAAAGAUCUAGAAAGUCUUUCCAGAAACUUUAGAUAUUGAAUAUUAUUAAAACAUUAUUGCUUUAAUUGCUUUUACAUAGAGACAGUGAAACACUCGUACAACCUGCUACCAGGGUUACAAUUUUCAGCUUUUGUAUGUCCUGAAAUUUUAGUUCUGUUCUUCAGACAGUAACAUUUAAUGAUAAUUUCAUCAGCAUCAUAGUGCAUAUAUUGUUGUUACUUUUACUAAAGAUUGCAUGUAAUUGUAAAAGAUUGUAUGUGAGGCUAUAUAUUUGUUUUAAUGCAAUUAUGUUCAUAUAUAAUUACACCUGUUGUGUCCAUUGUACUAUUUAUAAAACACAACAGGAAAAAUAAAUUAUUUACAAAAACAGA